UCUUCAGGUCAAUGCAGCCCCCCAGCCUAUUUUGAAACAGCCAAGCCUACAAGACCAAUUAGUGCAUAUGAGUUUCCCAUUGGAACAUCUUUGCAGUAUGAAUGCCGCCCUGGUUUCCAGAAGAGAAGUUUCUUUAUCACCUGCCUAGAAAACUCAGUCUGGUCAAAACCUAGUCAAAACUGUUCACGUAAAUCAUGUGGAUCUCCUCAAGAACCCAUAAAUGGCAAAAUGGAAAUAACUGGAGGCACCCAGUUUGGAUCAAUUAUUAAUUACUCUUGUAAUGAAGGAUACCGACUCAUUGGUGAAUCCUCUACUGCAUGCAUCAUUGUAGGCAAUAUUGUCACCUGGGAUAACAAAGUACCUGUUUGUGAGAGUAUUAAAUGUGAGCCACCCCCAGCCAUCGCCUAUGGAGAUUUCUCUAGCUCCAGUAGAGAGUAUUUUCCAUAUGGAACAGUGGUGACCUAUAGCUGCACUGAUCGAAAGACAAGGGAAAAGUUUGUCCUCGUGGGUGAGGAGUCAAUCUUUUGCACCAGCAAAGACAAUCAUUUCGGCACCUGGAGCGGCCCUCCGCCUCAGUGCCUCAUACCUAAUAAAUGCACUCCUCCAGAAGUUGAAAAUGGAAUAAGGAUGUCUGAGAACAGAAGCUUCUUCUCUUUAAAUGAAAUCGUGAGGUUUAGGUGUGAGCCUGGCUUCUUCAUGAGAGGACCCUCCAGCGUGCGAUGCCAGGCCCAAAACAGAUGGGAGCCGGAGUUGCCCAGCUGCUUCCGGGUGAAAUCAUGUGCCAACUUCCUGGACCAACUUCCUAAUGGCCGUGUGCUCCUUCCACUUAAUCUCCAGCUUGGAGCAAAAGUGUCCUUCGUUUGUGAUGAGGGAUUCCACCUAAAAGGCAGUUCUGCUAGUCAUUGUGUCUUGGCUGGAAUGGAAAGCCUUUGGAAUAGCAGUGUCCCUGUGUGUGAACAAAUCUUAUGUCCAAAUCCACCAGAUAUCCAUAAUGGAAGACACACAGGAAAACCUCUGGAAAUCUUUCCUUAUGGAAAAGAAGUAACUUACACAUGUGACCCCCACACAGACAGAGGGACGACCUUCAUUCUCACUGGGGAGAGCACCAUACGCUGCACAAGUGACAGUCAAGGGAAUGGGAUUUGGAGUGGCCCUGCCCCUCGCUGUGGACAUCCAGGUUACUGUAAUGCCCCAGGUCAUUUUCAAUUUGCUAAGCUGAAAAUCCAAACCAAUGAAUCUGAGUUUCCUGUUGGGACAUCACUAAAGUAUGAAUGCCUCCCUGGGUACUAUAGGAAGUCAUUCUCUAUCAGUUGUCUAGACAACCUGGAGUGGUCAAGUGCCAAGGAUGUCUGUCGACGUAAAGUAUGCAGAACUCCUCCAGAUCCAGUGAAUGGCAUGGUACACGUAGACACAGACACCCAGUUUGGAUCCAGAAUUAAGUAUACUUGUAAUGCAGGGUUUCAUCUCAUUGGCCACCCAUCUGCCAAAUGUAUCAUCUCAGAUAAUACUGUCAUUUGGGAUAUGGAGCCACCACUCUGUGAACGUAUUCAUUGCAGGCCACCCCCAGCCAUAGCCCAUGGAGAUUAUUAUGGCACCAACAGAGAGUAUUUUCCAUAUGGAACAGUGGUGACCUAUAGCUGCACUGAUCAAAAGACAAGGGAAAAGUUUGUCCUUGUGGGUGAGAAGUCAAUCUUUUGCACCAGCGAAGACAAUCAUUCUGGCACCUGGAGUGGCCCUCCGCCUCAGUGCCUCAUACCUAAUAAAUGCACCCCUCCAGAAGUUGAAAAUGGAAUAAGGGUGUCUGAGAACAGAAGCUUCUUCUCCUUAAAUGAAAUCGUGAGGUUUAGGUGUGAGCCUGGCUUUGUCAUGAAAGGACCCUCCAGUGUGCGAUGCCAGGCCCAAAACAGAUGGGAGCCAGAGUUGCCCAGCUGCUUCCGGGUAUGUCAGCCACCUCCAGAAAUCCUGCAUGGUAAGCACACCCUCAGUGACAGGGACAGCUUCUCCCCUGGGCAGGAAGUGUUCUACAGCUGUGAGCCUGGCUAUGACCUCAGAGGGGCUGCCUCUCUGCGCUGUACACCCCAGGGGGACUGGAGUCCCGCAGUACCCAGAUGCGCAGUGAAAUCAUGUGCCAACUUCUUGGACCAACUUCCUAAUGGCCGUGUGCUCCUUCCACUUAAUCUCCAGCUUGGAGCAAAAGUGUCCUUCGUUUGUGAUGAGGGAUUCCACCUAAAAGGCAGUUCUGGUAGUCAUUGUGUCUUGGCCGGAAUGGAAAGCCUCUGGAAUAGCAGUGUCCCUGUGUGUGAACAAAUCUUAUGUCCAAAUCCACCAGAUAUCCAUAAUGGAAGACACACAGGAAAACCUCUGGAAAUCUUUCCUUAUGGAAAAGAAGUAACUUACACAUGUGACCCCCACACAGACAGAGGGACGACCUUCAUUCUCACUGGGGAGAGCACCAUACGCUGCACAAGUGACAGUCAAGGAAAUGGGAUUUGGAGUGGCCCUGCCCCUCGCUGUGGACAUCCAGGUUACUGUAAUGCCCCAGGUCAUUUUCAAUUUGCUAAGCUGAAAAUCCAAACCAAUGAAUCUGAGUUUCCUGUUGGGACAUCACUAAAGUAUGAAUGCCUCCCUGGGUACUAUAGGAAGUCAUUCUCUAUCAGUUGUCUAGACAACCUGGAGUGGUCAAGUGCCAAGGAUGUCUGUCGACGUAAAGUAUGCAGAACUCCUCCAGAUCCAGUGAAUGGCAUGGUACACGUAGACACAGACACCCAGUUUGGAUCCAGAAUUAAGUAUACUUGUAAUGCAGGGUUUCAUCUCAUUGGCCACCCAUCUGCCAAAUGUAUCAUCUCAGAUAAUACUGUCAUUUGGGAUAUGGAGCCACCACUCUGUGAACGUAUUCAUUGCAGGCCACCCCCAGCCAUAGCCCAUGGAGAUUAUUAUGGCACCAACAGAGAGUAUUUUCCAUAUGGAACAGUGGUGACCUAUAGCUGCACUGAUCAAAAGACAAGGGAAAAGUUUGUCCUUGUGGGUGAGAAGUCAAUCUUUUGCACCAGCGAAGACAAUCAUUCUGGCACCUGGAGUGGCCCUCCGCCUCAGUGCCUCAUACCUAAUAAAUGCACCCCUCCAGAAGUUGAAAAUGGAAUAAGGGUGUCUGAGAACAGAAGCUUCUUCUCCUUAAAUGAAAUCGUGAGGUUUAGGUGUGAGCCUGGCUUUGUCAUGAAAGGACCCUCCAGUGUGCGAUGCCAGGCCCAAAACAGAUGGGAGCCAGAGUUGCCCAGCUGCUUCCGGGUAUGUCAGCCACCUCCAGAAAUCCUGCAUGGUAAGCACACCCUCAGUGACAGGGACAGCUUCUCCCCUGGGCAGGAAGUGUUCUACAGCUGUGAGCCUGGCUAUGACCUCAGAGGGGCUGCCUCUCUGCGCUGUACACCCCAGGGGGACUGGAGUCCCGCAGUACCCAGAUGCGCAGUGAAAUCAUGUGCCAACUUCUUGGACCAACUUCCUAAUGGCCGUGUGCUCCUUCCACUUAAUCUCCAGCUUGGAGCAAAAGUGUCCUUCGUUUGUGAUGAGGGAUUCCACCUAAAAGGCAGUUCUGCUAGUCAUUGUGUCUUGGCCAGGACAGAAAGCCUUUGGAAUAGCAGUGUCCCUGUGUGUGAACAAAUCUUAUGUCCAAAUCCACCAGAUAUCUAUAAUGGAAGACACACAGGAAAACCUCUGGAAAUCUUUCCUUAUGGAAAAGAAGUAACUUACACAUGUGACCCCUACACAGACAGAGGGACGACCUUCAUUCUCACUGGGGAGAGCACCAUACGCUGCACAAGUGACAGUCAAGGGAAUGGGAUUUGGAGUGGCCCUGCCCCUCGCUGUGGACAUCCAGUAUGUCAGCCACCUCCAGAAAUCCUGCAUGGUAAGCACACCCUCAGUGACAGGGACAACUUCUCCCCUGGGCAGGAAGUGUUCUACAGCUGUGAGCCUGGCUAUGACCUCAGAGGGGCUUCCUCUCUGCGCUGUACACCCCAGGGAGACUGGAGUCCUGCAGUACCCAGAUGCACAGUGAAAUCAUGUGCCAACUUCUUGGACCAACUUCCUAAUGGCCAUGUGCUCCUUCCACUUAAUCUCCAGCUUGGGGCAAAAGUGUCCUUCAUUUGUGAUGAGGGGUUUCAUUUAAAGGGAAAUUCUACUAGUUACUGUGUCUUGGUUGGAAUGAAAAGUCUUUGGAAUAGCAGUGCUCCUGUGUGUGAACAGAUCUUCUGUCCAAAUCCUCCCGCAAUCCUGAAUGGGAAACACACAGGAACUUCUCUGAGAAACAUUCCCUACGGAAAAGAAAUAUCUUAUACAUGUGACUCCCACACUGACAGAGGGAUGACCUUCAAUCUCAUUGGGGAGAGCACCAUCCGCUGCACAAGUGACAGUCACGGGAAUGGGAUUUGGAGUGGCCCUGUCCCUCGCUGUGAACUUUCUGUUCCUCUUGGUUACUGUAAAGCUCCAGAACAAUUUCUAUUUGCCAAGCCUACAACCCUAACUGAUGGGUUUGAGUUUCCAAUUGGGACAUCUUUGAGCUACAAAUGUUCCCCUGGGUAUUUUGAGAAUACAUUCUCUAUCACCUGUCUAGAAAAGUUGGUCUGGUCAAGUGCCAAAGAUAUCUGUAAACGAAAAUCAUGUGGAACUCCACCUGAACCCAUAAAUGGCAUGGUACAUAUAAACACAGAUACCCAGUUUGGAUCAACAGUUAAUUAUUCUUGUAAUGAAGGACAUCGACUCCUUGGUUCCCCGUCUGCUGCCUGUCUCCUCUUAGGCAGUAAUGUCACUUGGGAUAAGGAGGCACCUGUUUGUGAGAAAAUCUUCUGUCCAAAUCCUCCCGCAAUCCUGAAUGGGAAACACACAGGAACUUCUCUGAGAAACAUUCCCUAUGGAAAAGAAAUAUCUUAUACAUGUGACUCCCACACUGACAGAGGGAUGACCUUCAAUAUCAUUGGGGAGAGCACCAUCCGCUGCACAAGUGACAGUCACGGGAAUGGGAUUUGGAGUGGCCCUGCCCCUCACUGUGAACUUACUGAUUCUACUGUAUGCCCACCUCCACCCAAGAUGCACAAUGGGCAUUACACUGGAGGGGAUGCAUCUCCAUAUCUUCCUGGGAUGACAGUCAACUACAUUUGUGACCCAGGCUACCUGUUGGUGGGAAAAGCCUACAUUUUCUGUACACAUGAGGGAACCUGGAGCCAAUCUGACCAUUAUUGUAAAGAGGUAAAAUGUAGCCUUCCACAGUUUAUGAAUGGAAUCCAGAAGGGGUUGGCAAUGAGCAAAGAAUUUAAAUACAAAGCAAAUGUAACCUUGGAGUGUGAAAAUGGGAAUACUCUGGAAGGCAGUCCCUGGAGCCAGUGCCAGGCGGAUAACACCUGGGACCCUCCUCUGCCCACAUGCACAUCUCGCUCACGUGGCACUCUCAUUAUUGGCACAUCCUUUGGUAUGAUCCUUAUUGUACUCAGCAUUGUUUCCUGCUGGAUGAUUCUAAAGCGCAAAAAAGGCAGUAAUAGAGAUGAAGAAUCUAAAGAAGUAAAUAUUUAUUUACAACCCCAAGAAGGCAGCUGUGAUCAUGCACAAAGUCUGCAAACAAAUCAGGAACAUAACAGUGUCAUUCCUGGAUAAAGUACUAAAAAGCUGAAGAAUGCCUCAAAUUAAAAUCAUCAUUGGAAAAGAGCCAAUUCAUUGCAACAGAAUUAGACCUGAGACUCAUAAAUCCUUUGAAGUGACUUCACAGAGAUGCAGACAUGUGCACUGAAGAUGCUGAAGCUCUCCCAAUACCUCAAGAAGCUCCAUCCUCUUAGUUUGCACACUGUCACCUCUUUCCUCGUGCUGAAAGCACACACUGUCUGGUCGGAGGAAAGACUGCACUUAGAAUAUAUAAAUAGUGUCAAUUACUCAAAAGAAGAAGGUGUGACCUAGGAUUUCUGUUAAUAAGUUGGUCAUUUGUCUUUCUUAUGUUUAAUUGUUUAUGUAGAUGACUCUUGAACAAUGUGGGGGUUAAGUGGUCCCAUCUAAAUAGAAAAGGUCUUUCCGAUUUGUGGUUUGCUAAAUUCUGGAUGUGAAAUCCCAGGAUAUGGAGGGCCACCUGUAUAGUUAUUAAAAAAUAUCCACAUAUAAGUGGUCCCAUGAAGUUCAAACUCCUGCUGUUCAACUGUUAACUGUAAUAUGGAAUGGACACAUUUAAGGAGAAUUGAGAAAGCGCAGGAGGAAGAUAUAAAAAACAAAUGUCACCUAUAACUAUACUACCCAAUGAUAACCACUGUUAAUGUUUGAAUUCAUUCUUUCUUUGUAUAUGUUUCUUUAUACACACACAUAUAUAUUUCUUUCUUAAAUACCUUCCCUUUUGUUUAUAGAGCAGAAUCCACUUUUUAACACAGAUUGAAGUAAAUGUAUGCUAUAUCAUUUUUCACUUUCUAAAGAAAAAUAAGUAAUUUCUGCUUACUAAAAUCACAUUAAAUGACUAUAGGAAAGUUGGGUCAAGAAUAUUCAUGGGAAAUGUCUGGGAAAAAUAAAUUUUGAAUACUUCCUAAGGUCUAUAUCAAAAGUACUUUGUACUAUGUUCUGUUUUAAAAACAUACUAAAAUUUAAAUAAAAGGAUAUAAAAGUAUCUUAUUUACUUAUAUAAAAGUAUCUUAUUUUUAAUAAGUUCAGAAUAAACUAAAUUUAUUAAGGAACAUGUCUUUUAAGAAUUUAUCAAAUUAAUACACAAGUAUUGACACAUUCUUAAUAAGUAGCCCCAGAGUCUUUAAAAAAUCCACAUCCUUACAGAUCAAAAAUGGCCUCACAUUUUUUAUCUGAAAAGCAGAAAUUAUAGAUCAUAAAUUCAUAUGGUGUGAUAUUAUGGACUAUGCUGAUAAUCUCUAGAAAAUAUCACUCUUUCUUGAUUUUAAGAAUAGAUUUGUGUAUGACUACUGCUAACUCCCGUGCAAUUCUGGUUUUAGUAGUUCUUUUAAAGCAUAUUCUGCCACAUUUACACUGAUAAAUAUAAAUAGUGAAUUGGACAUCAACCAGAAGGUCAAUUUAAAAUCAUGAAAGAAAAAAAAAAGCAGCAUAACCAGAAAGCCAGCUGACAAAGUGGGAGAAAAAAAAUGCAACAUAUCACAGUCAAAGUGUCACAGGCUUGACUGAGAGUUAGUAAUUCAAAGACCAGCCCUCCCCUUCUUCUCCCAAAGCGGGCAAAAGAUAUUUCUACAAGUCCCAGAAAGAGAGAGACAGAGAGGGAGAGGGAGAGAGAAGAAAGAAGGA